AUGGGUUCGACGCAGCCGUCAGACCCCAAUUUGCCCUUCGGCUAUGCCGUUGAUCCUUCGCAAGACUUCUUCCUCGACCCUCCCGAACCUGCGCCUGGCGCACCUCUCCUCUCCGACAAUGAAACCAAAUUACUCAGUUCCUUCUUCGAGGACAUGACUGCCGACCACUAUAAUCUGCCUUCGUUCGGCGAAGGCCUCAACUUCAGCGAUGCUUGGUUGGAACUACCUCCCCAGUUCAUGGGGACGGCGACUUCCUUUGGCCAGUCACCAGCACCACCACCUCUUGCUUCCCCUGGGCAUAGUAUGCCCCAUGACGACUUUGCGGACAUGAUGUCCAUGGGCUCGAGCCUGAUGCCACCUCCCCCACCGCCACAACAGCAACAACAGCCGCAGCCGCCACCGCAGCAUCAUCAUCAGCAAUCCCACCCGACCUUCGAUCAGCAUGCCUCAGCCGACGUUCUCCAGGCCGCCAGCACACUACUACAUAACGGUUCCUCGUCAAGAACAAACACAAACGGAUCUGGGCCGAUGUUCAGCAGCACCAGGGAUGUACCGCACUCCCUCGGACCGCCCGUCGGCCACCUUAGGCACCAACCUAUGGAGGAUUUCAAGCGUGCUGAACGAGGCAGCGUGGCUCAGGCCAGCCUCGUUGAUGAUCAUGAGAGUACAUUCGCGGACAUGUUUUUUGGACCGGCUCCUGGCGAGAGAGUGUCCUCUCAACGGGCUAACCAGGUUCCCAAUAUCGAUGUGCAGUGGGGCUCGGAUGCUCGCUUCAACCGCUCCAACACCUUUGUUCCAGACCCUAAAGAAACCUACGAUGCUCUGUCUAGAGGCCAGCUGAGAUAUAUGGAAUGCCUGGAGCCAAGCCAAAGCACAGAUAACACUCGCCCACCAAGCCCGAACGGCGAGCAUGCAAUAGGGAAGGGACACAGCCGAAAGUCUUCCGAAGUAUUGAAAAAGGAAGAGGAUGCCGAUGCACCGCCAAGAAAAAGGAGAAAGAGCCGGAGCACGAAGGAGGAAGUUGACGAGGAGGAUGAAGAAAAUGGCACUGUAACGAAGGCGGCAAGAAAACGCAAGACGAAGGCCGAACCGAGCUCAGCCACUCCGCCAGCAGAAAACGGCACAGCCAGCCGGAGGCGCAAAUCUGGGACUGGGGCCAAGCCAGCACGAGAGAACCUGACUGAUGCACAAAAACGAGAAAACCAUAUCAAGAGCGAGCAAAAGCGCCGAACCUUGAUUAAGGAGGGCUUCGACGAUCUCUGCGAGCUUGUGCCAGGACUCAAGGGAGGCGGCUUCAGUAAGAGCACGAUGUUGACCAUGGCGGCUGAGUGGCUCGAAGAGAUAAUGAAGGGUAACGACGAGCUCAGGGCCCAGUAA